AUGACAAACAAAGGCCAAAAUGUGCUGCCACCGACGGUGGAUGCGGCGCCAUCGACCGAGACAACAGUGGCGGUGGAGAAGCGAAAGCGCCAUUUCGGGCACAGGAUGGUCUUCAGUGUGAUCAUCAUGUGCCUGGGGACUCUCACUUACUCGUACGGUGCCGGCGUCAUCGCAACCACAAUUGGACAGCCCUCGUUCUACGCCUACAUGAAACUCGAUAACGGGUCUCAGACAUCAGCACUUAUCGGUGCUACUACGGCGCUCUACUACGCCGGCGGUAUCUUCGGUGCCUUUGGCGCCAACUUUAUCGCAGACCACUGGGGACGGAAGGCAUCGAUCUACUCGGGCGCCCUCACAUCACUUGCUGCUGCCGCUCUCUGCGCCGGCUCCGUCCAUAUUGCCAUGUUCAUCGUAUCCCGGUUUUUGUAUGGAGUGGGCGGCUUCAUGUUGUUGAUGACUGUGCCUCUCUGGAUCACGGAGGUGGUACCCGCAGAGGUUCGCGGCGCGUUCGCUCAAUGUCACGGUGUGUGCACAUCCCUCGGCUACUUCCUCUCCAGCUACGUCGGUGUGGGAUUCUACACGAACGGGAACAUCAAAGGACUCAAUUCCUGGCGAGGACCGCUGGCCAUAGGCGCUCUCCCGCCAAUUCUAUUCCUCUGCGGUUUGUGGUGGGUGCCUGAGUCACCCAGGUUCCUGCUACUCAAGGAACAGACUAGCAAGGCUUGGGAAAUCGUGCGGAAGUUCCACUCGGCCCCGGGCGAUACAGACCACUACUACGCACAGAUCGAGAUGUUCCAGAUGAAGAAUCAGAUCGAGUUGGAUCGUACACUACCCACCUCCUGGCUAUUUAUGUUCAAGACGCCGUCUAUGCGGAAGCGUAUGGUCAUGACCAUCUUCAUUGUCUUCGCGGUCCUAGGGAGCGGGAACCUCUGCAUCGCCACCUAUGCGACGGUGAUUAUGAGCCACUCCGGCUGGGAACCACGUGCACAGCUGAACAUUCAGGCGGGAAUGAUGGCGGCCGUGAUGCCUGGCAUCGUCGCUGCCGUAUUCUUCACCGAGAAACUUCGACGCCCGACGCUGGUCAUGAUUGGUCUUCUUGGAGAAAACAUUGUCCUCGCGUGCUACACGGGCGUCUCUGCAAGCUUCGAUCUGGCCAACGCCCAACACAGAUCAGCCCAAGUUGCUUGCGUCGCCCUGCUAUAUCUCUUCCAAAUGUUCUCGGCCGCCUUCACCGAAGGACCGAUGUCGUACUGGGCGGCCGAGUUCUAUCCAACACACUUACGUGCCCGGGGCCAAACCAUCCAGGUGGUGAGCUACGGGGCAUUCAGCAUACUCUGGGGCCAGUCUGGACCCACGGCGAUCGCGACUUUGGGCUGGAAAUUCUUUCUAGUGUUUAUUUGCAUCACCGUGGUGACUUCUUUCGUCAUUUACCUUUAUUUUCCAGAUACUCAGGGAAAGAGUCUGGAAGAGAUGGCUCUGUUGUUCGGCGAUGAUGACCUGGUAGUUGUCCGCCAGCAGGAUAUCUACGUUGACACCGAUCAUCACAUCGUUGGUACCGUGCACAAGGACAAGGAGGGACAAGCGGUCGUGGUGAACCUGGAGGAUAUCAACGAUGCUAAAGAGGACGCAUGA